AUGGCUUUUUUAGAUAAAAGUAAAAGAGCUCCUAAAACACCAAUAGCUAUUGAUCAAUCAUGGGUUAAUAUCUUACAACGCUAUCUUUCUGAUCAUCCUUCAGAAGAAUUACAUGAAAGUAUUCAAAAGGUUAAAGAUUUAUUAUACGAUAAAGAAGCUACAUGGGAAAAGCAAAGUCAAUAUAUAAAAUCCACUUUACCAUCAAAAAAAAGUAAUUCUGGACAACAAUCUUCAUUAUCAUCACACUUUAUAAAUCAAAUUGAGUCAAUCCUUGAGCCUAUAAUAUCAGGAAUAUAUUUUUCUUCAAUAACAACUUUAACAAACCGAAUUUGUAUCCCUAUACUUGAUUCAUGUUAUAUGAUAUCAAAUAGGAAUUCAUUUUGUAAUCCCUCAAUUCAGGAUCAAUCAAAUAAUAAAGAAAAUAAAAUGAUUAAGGAGUUCGAACAAGAAUAUUCUCGUUAUAUCACUCUUGAUAAUUAUACUACUCAUUUAUUCAGUCAAAAAGGCAUGUCAAUCUACAUCACUUUAGAUUUUCCAUUAGGAUUUUCAACCGUAGAAAAAAAGUUAUUCGAAACUCUUCAAUUUUUUAACGAAUGUUUAUCAUUAAUUAUUCAAAAUGUUAACAGGGAAGAUGAACAAAAGAAGAAAUCAUCACCAGAUCCAUUAUCGCUCGCUAAGCACAUGCAUGAUGCGCAACACGUGAUUAAAACUUUAUUAGCUUUGCUCGCUAGAUUUGAUCAAAAUUUGAGGCCUCAAUUUGAAUCUAUUUGGAAUGUUUUUGCUAGUGAUUACAAUAUCAACAAUGACAAAGAGGAAGUUGUUAAUAAAUUGGUUCCCGAUUUGCUUAAUGAAUGUUUGGUAAUUUGCUCUGAUAAUAAUUAUAUUAAGGAUGUAAGACAGUUGGCUGGAAUGACUAUGGCAGCAACUUUGAAUUUAUUGGGCUCAUCACAAUUUGUCAGUAAACAAGUCAUGGUCAUGUUUUUUGCUUCUUUAAAUAAUGAAGAAAACCAACAUGAUUCAGAUUUUAUGGAUCAUUUGGGUGUUAAAAUACCAGCUAUCUUAUUCAAGGAAACUGAAUGGAAUGGUGGUGACCCCCUAAUGUUACCAAUUUGUCGCGGUUUAUUAUCAAAUUUGGAUAGAAAAGUUUUAAUUUUCCCUUUAUCUGGAAAAUUUCAGUUUAAAAUCUCAAUAUUAAGAUCAAAUGAUUCAAAUCCAAAAACUCUUCACCAUAUAUUAUUCCUGAGCAUAGCAAAUUUUUGUGAUAAUGCUCUGAAUUCACAAACAAAAGUUUUAGCAUUUGAAACUAUGGGAUUAUGGCUUCAGGAAACAGAAAAUACUUUAAGAAAUGAUGAGACUAGUAAACUUUAUGACAAUAAUAAUUCAAUACUUAAUUCGGAAGUUUUAGAAAAAUUGAUGUCAUAUGUUUUGGACAACUGGGAAGAUCCUGUAGAUGCUAUUCAGUUUAAGGUGAAGACAAUAUUUGAGAAAUUACUGGAUAUUAUAAGCCUAAAGAGCCAGCUUGAGCAAUCUGCAGAAUUUUACAAUGAUUAUCUUGUAAAUUUACUCAACCAAUUAUUAAUAAUGGAUCAAUAUCGCAAAGUGAAAUAUUCUUUAUUAUUGUUGUUAUUACCUAGAGUUGGAACGGUUAAAAUCUUAUCAAUUCAACCAGAGUUUGUUUCCAAGACAUUGGAAGUAUUGCAUAAUCUAGUUAUCGCACCACGAGCUUCCGCGAUGAUGGUAACUUUUCUUGAUUUACACCUAGAAGAAUUAUUUUCUUCCGAGUUCCGAGAUAUUACUAUUAAAAAGGAUGAAAAACGUGAGGAAAUAGUAAACGAAUGGAUUGAUCUAUGGUUGACACCCAUUUGUCAAGGUCUUUCCUCAAGUGAUGAUAUUCUUCGCAAAAAUAUUGGUGCAUUCAUUCUUCAACCAUUGUUUAAAGCAAAAUCAUCAUCAUUUUGGAGAAUUAUUGAUAUUCUGCAAAAUAAUAAGCAUGGGAACGAAUUUAUAAAUAAUGAACGAUAUAGAUUAAAUGCACUAAUAAUGGUCUUAAAAGUGGGUAGAUCACUGGAUUUUGUUGACGGAAACAUGUUUAUUGAAAAUUCGAUUGAUACGAAUCGUAAGAAUAUUCGAUUGCAACUUCUUCGUGAUGCAAUUUAUCAUUUGGAUUUAAAUCUUCGAAUUGAUGUGCUUGGUUUAAUAUGUGAAUCAAGAAAAUUAACGAGUGAAAUCACAUCAACUGAGCUUGCACUGCUUAAAUCCUUUUUCCAAUUAAACCUGAAUUCAACAUCACCAGAAUUUAGACAAAAACUAUUUGGUCACUUGAACAAAUUCUUCGCAAAACUUAGAGGCAAUUUAUAUAAUCAAUGGAAAAAUUAUCAAUCUCACAUGAAAUAUGUGGAGAGCCAUAAGGAUUCGAGAACAGGAGAUGCACAUUCAGAAAUAAAACAAAAGAUUGAUAAUACUCGGAGUUUUUUGAAUUGGCUUAUAGAAUUAUUGACAGCUUCGCUUUACCCUGGGGCAUCAUUUCAAAGAGUUUCAAGCGCGCUUAAGACAUUCGUUAUAUUAAUUAAAACAUUUGGCAUCGAAAAUACCCCAUUGCCUGAAGGAUUUGUAGCUCAACACUGCAGGACUCCCGAGUUUCCAUUUCAAUUAUCCCUUGCAUCAGCAAGGAAUACUAAAUUAAUCUUGCAUUGUCUUAUGAAUCCUUUUGAUGAGAAUCGUACAUUAGCUUAUGAAAUUCUUCAGGAGUUUCCUUCACCAUUACCAGGUAUAGAGUCAAAAGAUAACGUUCAGAAAAUUUUGUUUUGGGCAUUACAAUCUAUGACAAGUACAAGAGCUGGUGAAAGUGAUAGUGGUGCAAUGAUUUUUCGAUUAAUUUUCUCCAAAUAUGUCUUGAAUUUAAACCUUGAUCUUGAUGUCGAAAUUAAGCAAAGUGAACGAUUGGAAGAUUAUAAAAAAGUUGAUAUUCCUUCGAUUAAUUUCACAAGAAAACUUUUUUCUCUAUUAAAGAAGCAAAUUAACAUCGCUUCUGAGAAUUUAUUGCUUGCCUCACAAAAGUUUCCGAUGCAUGGAACUUUAUUAGCAUUACAAUACAUCUUUAAGGAAUUGGAUUAUAAUUCUUUAGAAGUAAAAAAUAAUCUUGAAGAAUGGCGAGAUACUCACAGUCAUGCUAUAAGUCUGAUUAACAAGGUUUGCCAGAUAGUUUUAGAAGUUCUAUCAAAUCCUUCUCCAGAAGGAAAUGUACCGGCAUCAUUUCAAGAAAUGGAAGAAAUGAUUGAUGAAUUAGUAUUAAACUUGGAUGAAGACCCUGACAGAGAAGAAGGAGGUCCAAAACACCAAGUCAUUCUUAGUUGUUGUUGGAGAGCUGUGAAAGAGGCAAGUUCUCUUCUUGCCAUAAUUUUAUCAAGAGCCCCAAUAUCUGUUAGUUUGGAAACCAAUUUUUCUAUACUUGAUUAUGAGAAAAUACGUAAAGGUGGUGAUCUGUUUCGGACACUUUUGACUUCGAUACGUCAUCGUGGAGCAUUUUCUGCUGUAUAUCCUGGUUACGUGGCUGUCUGUUCUCGACUUUUAAGUUCAUCACAAGUUAAAUUUGUAGAGUUGCCCAAAAUGUGGUUAGAGGAUAACAUUAAUAACAUUAUGGCCAAUUCAGUUUCAAUUACACGUAGAAGCGCUGGACUUCCAUUAUGUAUUUUAGCUAUUAUCAGUGGCGAACCUAGCAACUGUAAAGUUCUGCUUCCUUGGACAAUAAAAACUCUUAUCGAGAUAGGAUCACAAGCUCCUUCAGACGAUUUUGAUCAAACCAUUGACUCACAUCAGGUCCAUGCUUUUAAUAUAUUGAGAUCAAUUUUUAUGGAUGCUAAACUUGGAACUGAUGUUCUACCAUAUGUUUCUGAUGGAUUUAUAUUAGCAAUCAAAGGAUUCUCUUCACCAAGUUGGGCUGUCAGGAAUUGCUCAGUCAUGCUGUUUUCUACUUUAUUACAAAGGACAUUUGGUGUAAGAAAAACAAAAGAUGAAUAUCAUUCAAUUAAUAAAUUAACCAGAAGAGAAUUCUUUUCAAGGUUUCCUCAACUUUAUCCAUUUUUGUUGGAUGAACUAAAAAUUGCCGUGGAUCAAUUGAUUAAAUCAACCAAAGUAUCUCAAUCUACAGUUCACCCGGGUCUUUAUCCUAUCCUUACUCUUUUAUCAAGGCUUCACCCUUCUUUGAUGGAUGGUUCUAGUUCUGUACUGACUAUGAAUCCAUUUGUAUCACUGGUUUUAUCUUGUUCUUCUUCACCCAUUCACAAGACAAGGGAAAUUGCAGCAAGAGCAAUUGUUCCAUUAAUUCCAUCAAAUGAUCUCAUUGUAACUUGUUCUAAGUUAAUAAAUGAGAGUGUUAUGUCUAAUCAAAAUGAAUUGCAUGGAAGAUUAAUUCAAGUUCAAUAUUUAUUACGUGGACACUUAAGAAGCAACGUUGCUAAUUUUGAUAUAAUGAAAGAUUUUUUAGUUAACAUGCCUCCUAUCUUCAAGUCGAAGAUUUAUUUUGCAUUUAAAAAUAAUUCUUGUAAUAUUACAAGAUAUUUAUAUUUGGAUAUAUUAUAUGAAUUUGUAAUUGAUGGGAAUUGGAUAUUUAUUGAGCAAAAUGAGGAAAAACGUCUAGAAUUAAUAGUAUUAAUGGAAGAUAAUUUUCUUGAACUAAGACAGCUCAUAUUUGAUAUGUCACUUUCCGAUAUGAGAUCCAUCAAUAAAAAUCAAGAUAUAUAUGAAGUUGGUUAUUAUCUUGUACGUCAACAAAUGACAAGAAUUAUAAUUAAGUCUCUUACUAGUCAAGAUAAUUCUGAACACUCGUCAAUAAUUAUUGAUAUUUUAAGCGAUUCAGACUAUGAAGUGAGGCUUGUCGGCUUAGAAAUGCUUAUAGCUUUUUUUAAUUCAAGUAAAUACAGGGAAAUUUGCAUUGACAAACUAAUGCUUCAAUGUAAAAUAAUUAAAAUGAUAUUUCAAGAGGAACCUUAUCAAAAUUGUUUUCAACGAGCGGUUGAAUUACUUACUUUGAUUGAUUCAGAAAAUCCAUUUCCAAAAUUAAUUUCUAAUAAUUCUUUGGAUUUUGGGUUAGAGGAGUUCUGGAAAAAAUUGCUUAAUUAUAUGGAACAUGUAGAAAGUUCAACCAAAACCGAAGCUAUUUUACCACUUCUCGGAUCUUUAUUGUCACAAGUAUUUAUCAUAAAAAAAAGUCCUUUAUGUUGA